AUGCUUCAGUACCACCUUAGGCGCCGGGAGGUAGGGUCGGCUCUUUGCUUCCUUGGCUGACUUAAGUUACGAACGUAAAUUCAAGUUGAAAAAUGUUUUUACUUCGUAUUUGUGAUGCUAAAAAAUUUCAAUGUGGUGUUCAAGUGUUCUUGCUUAAUUAGUUAAUACUUUUUGUAAAUAGCAGUUUGUAAAUAAAUAAAUAAAUGUUAGAUUUUUCCGGAUUUGUGUGUUAAAAAGUAAUUAAUAUGUAAUUUACCCACUUGCUAAAUUAUUCAAGGAUUUUAAAUAGUGAUUCUAUUCAUGGCUACUUAGUCAGUAUUUUUCGAUUAUAAUGGGUGUUCAUAGCACGUAGGAUUGUAAAUAAAAAAAACGCAAUCGGGUUCGGAUUCCAAUUAAAAAAACGAUGAACAAAACAAAAGCAAUGAGAAUAAUAAAAAUGAAAACUGGAAUGUCAAGUUCUUGAUUUGAAUUUCGAAAAUCGAAUAAUUAUGUCGUCUGAAGUGUCAUUGGAGGGUCGUGAGCGGCCAGGAUUGGUGCGGCGCGCGGCCUCGGGUUGCGCGAGAGCCGCUUUCUCACAAAUCGGUUUGGUGAUUUUAGUGGUGAUAUACGUACUCCUUGGUGCACUGUUGUUCGAGUAUCUGGAGUCAGGACCAGAGGUGCAGAAAAGGUCAGCAAUACAAAGAUCGAGAGAGGAGUGCCUGAAAGAACUCUGGGCUAUAACAGAACGUCUUAACGUGCUAUACGAGCGCAACUGGACACGCCUUGUCCACGAGCAACUGCGCAAGUUCGAGUCAUCCAUCGUGGCAGCAGCGAGGCAGUCGCCCGAGGCUCAGCCCCCUGAGCUCGCCAUGGACUCCAAGUGGACCUUCUCCGGGGCCUUGAUAUAUUGUAUCACGCUUAUUACUACCAUAGGAUACGGUAACGUGUCACCGAGAACAGCUGCCGGGCGUGCAGCCACAGUGGCGUACGCCGCUGCGGGGGUACCUCUCACACUUGCCUGUUUAGCCGGACUCGGCGCGUCACUUGCAAGGCUGGCCCGCCUGGCCUGGCUGAGGGCCACUAAGAGAAAAGUACCUAAUACCUGGAGGAAGGAUGGUGAACCUGAGAACUACCUCCAGCUCCAUGAGCAGCAAAGGCUUCUACCGCAGCCGACUGAACACAACCAGUACACGUCAUUUCCCCCUCGAAGCCACCGGUCUCCUGGCACCGUGAAGGCGAGAGCGGGAGAUAGGGGCCAGUACUCUCAGGUGUUCGAACGAGCCCCGGCCAGUCCCAGAGCCGCCACCCUAGGUAGGGUGAAGCGCAGUGCCUUGGCUGAUGAGCCACACACAUCAUCAUCACUCCAAACUCAGACCCUGGACCGCAAGAAGUCCAUGAGCAGUUCGAAGUGCCUCGCCACGGUGCACGGCCCCGGCCGAGGCAGAGGCAGGUCCACCAUGCAGAGGCCUCGAGGAGCAGUCAUAGAACAGCUGAUAGCUGAGGAGUGUGGGGAGCUGCAGAUGAAUAGAAGCCAAGAUGAUUUAGACGAUUCGGAAGAUCCUGAUGAGUCAAUAUGUCCACACGACACACCGUCACGCGUGCCUUUGAUUUGGAAUGAAGAGAAUCAUAAAAUGAAGAGUUGUACCGUGCCCAGCAGCAGUGCAUCCACCAGCGUUCAGCAUCACAUCCACCAUGGCAUUGAACAUUGUCACAUCCCCGUUGGCAUCGUUCUGUUUCUUCUCCUCGCCUACAUCUGCGUUGGAGCUGCCAUCUUCUCCGCCUGGGAAAACUGGAGCUUCCUCGACGCUGCGUACUUCUGCUUCAUAGCAUUAGCCACGAUAGGCUUCGGGGAUUUCGUCCCUACCAGCUUCCUAACAACGAAGCAUAGCACCGAGCACACGAGGAGCGAGUACGUACAAAUGAUCGCGUGUUGUGCUUACCUGGUUUUUGGACUAAUAUUAAUAGCUAUGUCGUUUAGCCUUCUACAAGAUGAGGUAGUUGCUCGAUGUUCGCAAUUAGCUAAUAGUUUAGGGCUCUCUCGUCAAUGACAGUACGAGAAGAGUGAUUGUAGCUCAACAGACAAUCACUUAAGAAUGUUAUGAUCGUUGUUGUAAGCAAUUGAUUUAGGGUCCAUAACAUUUAAUUUCUCAUUGGAUCCAUAUUCUGUACUUAAUGUAAUCCAUGUUAUCAUUGUAUCAUAAAUGAAAAUUAUUUUCUCAUAUCUACACGAAAUUGUAAUGAUUAUUUUUCCGACCCAAAUAUCGACCAAUAGAAUUGCACCAUUCGACGUCACGUGGUACAACCUACAUGGUAUUAUACUGAAAAUUUUUUGAAUAUUUUCUCUGGUCGUUGCUACGUCAAACUGACAGGUUGUGGCCGACAUUUGGGACGGAAAAAUAAUCUCCCGAAUACCACACGAGCUUCAUAAUUAUCUGGCAUUUCC